GCAAUAACUUGUUUAGUCAGGGAUCAGUCCAGCCGGGAGGAGACAGGCGGUGAGGGCAGAGGGAAAGCCCCGUCCACAUCCCCGCUAACAGCUCAUCUCACCGCGGCGCCAUUUCCGCCGUCCUCACGGCCGGUAGCGUGGAGCGAGACGCGGGCUUACGGCUUCCCCCGAGCGGAUCGGCGGCAGUGUCUAUCCCGGUGUUCCCGGCUUUACUGGACGACACUAUGGUUGCGGGAAAAGGCGCGGUGAAGGGGUCGCUGUGGCAGAACGAAAAAGUGCGCUUCAUCGUCUGUUUCUGCGGCGUCUUCGUCUGUUACUUCUACUACGGGAUCCUGCAGGAGACGAUCACAAGAGGAGAUUACAGCCAGGGGGAGAAAAAGGAGAAGUUUCGUUAUGCCACUACUCUCGUCUUCAUCCAGUGCAUAAUCAAUGCUAUCUUCGCCCGAAUCUUGAUCCAGAUUUUCGAGGGCUCCAGGCCGGACCACACGCGGAGCUGGCUCUAUGGCGUGUGUGCGCUGUCCUAUCUGGGGGCCAUGGUGUCCAGCAACUCUGCUCUACAGUAUGUCAACUACCCCACACAGGUGUUGGGGAAGUCCUGUAAACCUAUCCCAGUGAUGAUCCUAGGGGUGACCAUUCUGAGGAAGAAGUACCCCAUGGCCAAGUAUCUGUGUGUGCUUCUGAUUGUCACUGGUGUCGCACUUUUCCUCUACAAACCCAAUAAGGGCUCCACCACCUCAGAUGAGCAUUUUUUUGGCUUUGGAGAAAUGCUGCUGAUUCUGUCUCUGACCCUGGACGGUCUGACGGGGGUGGCUCAGGAUCAUAUGAGGGGGCGGUUCCAGACAGGAGCAAAUCACAUGAUGCUGAAUGUGAACCUGUGGUCCACGCUGGUGUUGGGCUUGGCUGUGUUGUGGACAGAUGAAGUGUGGGAGUUUUUGAGUUUUGCUGAUCGCUACCCCAGUGUCGUCUACAACAUCCUGCUCUUUGGUUUCACCAGCGCUUUAGGACAGACGUUCAUCUUUAUGACAGUUGUGUAUUUCGGACCUCUGACCUGCUCUAUUGUCACAACGACGCGGAAGUUCUUCACCAUCCUGGGCUCAGUGCUGCUGUUCGGAAACGUCCUCACUCCCAUGCAGUGGCUCGGAACCAUCCUCGUCUUCUCAGGUUUGGGGCUGGAUGCUACGUUUGGAAAGGCACCCAAGAAAACGACACACUAAAGCACAAAGAGAAUGCAUGAGUUUGUUCAACUCAUGGACAGUAAAUUGAAGAAGUGAUCAAUUUCUAUUGGUGCAUUACUCUCAUCAGUGGCUAAACUUAAAGACAUUUCUGUUAUUCUUUUAUGGGUAAAUUGCUAUUGAAUACUGUAUAUCACUCUUAUUUAACAGAGGGCCACUAACAGCAGUGCAAUUGUCCACUCAUGAAUCAUACACACAGUGGCCAUAACUUGUUUUAAAUACCUGAAACUAAAGGGACUGAGAAAUAUUGGGGUUAAGUAGUCAGAAUACUGCACAGACAGUCAUAUAAUAUAACAAAAGUUUGGGUGGCCUGAUUAAAUUACGUUUUUGUUG